AUGCUGAGGCUAAAUGAUUGUGGCUUAACAGACAAAAGCUGUUCAGCUCUGGCUACAGUUCUUGGAUCAGAUACCAGUCUGAAAGAGCUGAACAUGAACAAUAAUAAUCUACAGGAUUCAGGAGUGAAGUUGCACUGGACUGGAAAAUGUGAAGUGUCAUUUGGAGAUACUGAGGCUUUCUAUGCGUUCAAGCUUUCAGACUGCAGUAUCACUGAAGAAGCUUAUAAAGCUCUGGCUUCAGCUCUGAGAUCAAACCCUUCACACCUGAUAGAGCUGGAUCUCACAGGAAAUGAUCCUGGACAAUCAGGAGUGAAGGCGCUUAAUGAUUUACUACAGGAUCCAAACUGUCAACUCAAGACACUGAGGUUUUUGGGUCCUGCUGCAGAUGAAGCCUGUCAGUAUGUGACUGGAAUUGUGGGUAAAAACCCGUUACUCCUGAGAGAGCUGAAUCUGAGUGAACAUGAACUAGGAGACACACGAGUGAAUCAGAUCGCUGCUCUACUGCAGGAUAAACACUGUAAACUCAACACACUGAUUCUGAAUAACAACUGUAUCACAGAAGGAGGUUGUCGUGCUCUGGCUGCAGCUCUAAAUUCAAACCCUUCAAAUCUGACAGAGCUGGAUCUGAGUGAGAAUAAACUAGGAAACCCAGGAAUGAAGAUCAUCUUGAGACUGUUUGAAAAUAUACAGUGUAGACUGGAAAAGCUGAAACUUUCAGACUGCAGUAUCACUGAAGAAGGUUAUAAAGCUCUGGCUUCAGCUCUGAGAUCAAACCCUUCACACCUGAUAGAGCUGGAUCUCACAGGAAAUGAUCCUGGACAAUCAGGAGUGAAGGAGCUCAGUGAUUUACUACAGGAUCCAAACUGUCAACUCAAGACACUGAGGUUUUUGGGUCCUGCUGCAGAUGAAGCCUGUCAGUAUGUGACUGGAAUUGUGGGUAAAAACCCGUUACUCCUGAGAGAGCUGAAUCUGAGUGGACAUGAACUAGGAGACACACGAGUGAAUCAGAUCGCUGCUCUACUGCAGGAUAAACACUGUCAACUCAACACACUGAUACUUUCAGACUGCAGUAUCACUGAAAAAGGUUAUAAAGCUCUGGCUUCAGCUCUCAGAUCAAACCCUUCACACCUGAUAGAGCUGGAUCUCACAGGAAAUGAUCCUGGAAAAUCAGGAGUGAAGUUGCUCAAUGAUUUACUACAGGAUGGACUCUGUUUAUUAAAGACCAUCAGGUUUUUGAAAAGUCCUGUUGCAGAGGAAGUGUGUGAGUUUCUCACUGGAGUUCUGGGUAAAAGUCCAUUACUACUGAAAGAACUGGAUCUGAGUGGAGAUAAAUUAGGAGAUCUGGAUGGGGAGAAACUCUCUGCUCUUUUGAUGGACUCUCAUAGCAAACUGGAGAAAAUAAUGCUGAAUAACUGUAAGCUGACAGAGAAAAGCUGUUCAGUUCUAGCUACUGUUCUCUCCUCCAAAACCAUCCUGAAAGAGAUGAACCUGAACAACAGUCAUCUGCUGUACCCAGGAGUCAAAGAGAUCUGUGAGGGACUGAAGAAUCCUGUGUGUGAGCUGAAGAUAUUGAAUCUGUGUGGAUGCAGAAUUACAGAGGAACAGUGUCUCAUCCUGACUUCAGCUCUGAAAUCAAACCCAUCACACCUGAGAGAACUGAACCUGAGUGAGAAUGAACUAGGAGACUCUGGAGUGAAAAACCUCAGAGAUCUACUGAUGAACACACAAUUCAAGCUGGAGAAACUACAGUUAAGCUGCUGUGAAAUGACAGAUGAAGGUUGUUCUGCUGUGACUUCAGCUCUGAAAUCAAACCCAUCACACCUGAGAGAACUGAACCUGAGCAGGAAUAAUCUAGGAAACUCUGGAGUGAAAAACCUCAGUGAUCUACUGAUGAAAACACAAUUCAAGCUGGAGAAACUAGAUCUGUGUGGAUGCAGUAUUACAGAGAAACAGUGUCUCAUCCUGACUUCAGCUCUGAAAUCAAACCCAUCACACCUGAGAGAACUGAACCUGAGUGUGAAUCAAAUAAAAGACACAGGAGUGAAUCACUUAUGUCAUGUACUGAAGGAUUCACACUGUAAACUGGAGAGAUUGAGGUUAAGCAGUUGUGAUUUGACAGAUGAAGGUUGUUCUGCUGUGACUUCAGCUCUGAAAUUAAACCCAUCACACCUGAGAGAACUGGACCUGAGCAGGAAUAAUCUAGGAUACUCUGGAGUGAUAAACCUCAGUGAUCUAUUGAUGAACCCAAAAUGCAAGCUGGAGAAACUAGAUCUGUGGAGAUGCAGUAUUACAGAGAAACAGUGUCUCAUCCUGACUUCAGCUCUGAAAUCAAACCCAUCACACCUGAGAGAACUGAACCUCAGCGAAAAUAAAAUAAAAAACACAGGAGUGAUUUACUUAUGUGACGUACUGAAGAAUUUACACUGUAAAUUGGAGAGACUGAGGUUAGAAUGCUGUGAAAUGACAGAUGAAGGUUGUUCUGCUGUGACUUCAGCUCUGAAAUCAAACCCAUCACACCUGAGAGAACUGAACCUCAGUGAGAAUAAACUAGGAGACUCUGGAGUGAAAAACCUCAGUGUUCUACUGAUGAACACACAAUUCAAGCUGGAGAAACUACAUCUGUAUAGAUGCAGUAUUACAGAGAAACAGUGUCUCAUCCUGACUUCAGCUCUGAAAUUAAACCCAUCACACCUGAGAAAACUGAACCUGAGCUGGAAUCAAAUAAAAAACACAGGAGUGAAUCACUUAUGUGACGUACUGAAGGAUUCACACUGUAAACUGGAGAGAUUGAGUCUUUUUGACUGUGGAAUUACAGAUGUUUCUUCUUUAACUCAGUCUUUGACAAACACAAAAGCACUACAGUUUCUAAAAGAGCUUGAUCUGAGAAACAAUAUGAUUAGAGUCUCAAAGCAGCAGCUCAUUGAUGUGCUACGAGACUCAAACUGUAAACUGAGUAUAAAUAGAGAUCCAUCACCAAAAUAUGAUAAAUGCUGUAUAUCAUAAUUUGAAGUGGUCUUGAGAGGAGCAGUAAACAUCAGGUGAGGAUCCACAGAAGAGCUUCACUACUGUGUCUAUGAGGAGAAAGAAA